AUGGCUCCCAUUCCCCAACAGCAGCCUGAGUUCGACUACAUUAUCUGCGGUGGAGGCACUUCAGGAUGUGUCGUCGCCGGUCGACUGGCAGAAAACAAGGACGUCAAAGUCCUUGUAAUCGAAGCUGGCCCGCACAAUGAGCUUCUGGAAAAUGUGCAUAUGGUUGGAGGCUGGUCCCAAUUGUUCGACAAGGAGACAGACUGGAACAUCAUCAGCGAGCCGAAACCGAGCGUGAACAAUCGCCAGAUCAAGCUCAGCCGGGGUCGAUAUCUCGGCGGCUGCAGCGGUUGCAACGGGACGCUCUGCAUUCGCGGGACAAAGCAAGACUACGAUGACUGGGGGUUGGAAGGGUGGAGUGGUGAGGAGUUCUUCAAGUGCAUGUCAAAGGCGGAGACCUUCCAUACCAAGCCAUGGUUCAAAGCUGCAGAGAAGGCGCACGGUUACAAUGGCCCCCUGCACACCGAGCCCCAUGAUCUGGCCCCGAUUGGGAACCUCCUCCUCGAGUCGUUCGUUUCGCAGGGUCUGCCUCUGGACCAUGACAUGUUCACCACUGGGGAGACGCCGCAUGGAUGUGGCCAUGUCCCCAGAACGGUGCACAAGGGGCUGCGUACAACGUCAGCCGAUUACAUUACCAAGGAAAACCAUCGAGACAACAUCACUCUCAUGGUCAAUACCACUGUCGACAAGGUCCUCAUCGAGGAGGUCGAUGGAGAGCUGAAAGCCAUCGGAGCCGCUGUGGUGGACAGCGAUGGGAAAACGCGCCAUGUUUACGCGAAGAGAGAGGUCAUUGUCAGCGGAGGAGCGUACUGCAGCCCGAAUAUCCUGAACCGCUCCGGCAUUGGCGCCAAAGAGGAGCUCGAGAAGCAUGGUAUCACUACGCUGGUUGACCUGCCGGGUGUUGGAAAGAACCUGAUGGACCACUUGAUUGUCUUUGUCUUCUACGAGACCGACAAACCAGGUCUGACCAACGACUACCUGGUCUACCACGACGACAACUUCCAAAAGACGUACGCCCAGUGGAAGGAAAAGAAGACAGGAUUCCUGUCGACCUUCCCAUUCGGCCCAUUCGCCUUCGCCCGACUCGACGACCGGCUGAAGGAUUCUGAGCUGUGGAACAGCGCGCCUCGCCAGCCGGGGCGAGACCCGAUGGGCCUGACCCCGAAGCAGCCCAACAUCGAGUUCUUCACGACGGAGCUGUACGGCGGACCGAAGCAGUUCGACCAGUUCCCCGUGAACCACCAGCACGCCUUCUCCAUGAUCUCGGAGCUGUUUGGGCCCCGGUCCCGCGGCACCGUGACGCUGAGGUCGAAGGAUCCGUUGGACAAGCCGGUCGUCGACACAAACUACCUUGCCGACCCGUUGGAUCUGGAGGUGCUCGCCGAGGCGUGCCGGUUUGGCAACGAGAUCGUCAUGAAUGGCAAGGGGACCAAGGACAUUGUCAAGGGGUCGUGGCCGCCGCACCUGACGCACCACAAGUACACGACCAGGGAGGAAUGGAAGGAAUAUGUCAAAGACAACGCUACGACGUGCUACCACGCAGCCGGCACCUGCGCCAUGGGCAAAGCAGACGAUCCCCAGAGCGUCGUCGACGAGAAACUGCGCGUCAAGGGCGUCAAGAACCUCCGUGUGGCCGACUGCAGCAUCAUGCCCAUCCUCCACAGCGGACACACGCAGAUGCCGGCGUACGGCAUUGGGGAGAAGUGCGCCGACUUGAUCAAGGAGACAUGGAGAUGA